AUGAGUGCAUUACCCAAGCAGACGAGCAAAAAUCAAAUUAAAGUAGAUCUUGUAGAUGAGAAUUUUACAGAAUUAAGAGGAGAAAUAGCAGGACCUCCGGACACACCAUAUGAAGGUGGAAGAUAUCAACUAGAAAUAAAAAUUCCAGAAACAUAUCCAUUUAAUCCUCCUAAGGUGCGGUUUAUCACCAAAAUAUGGCAUCCUAAUAUUAGCUCAGUCACUGGGGCCAUUUGUUUGGAUAUUCUGAAAGAUCAGUGGGCAGCAGCAAUGACUCUAAGAACAGUGUUGUUAUCGCUGCAAGCGUUGUUGGCAGCUGCAGAACCAGAUGAUCCACAAGAUGCAGUAGUGGCAAACCAGUACAAACAAAAUCCAGAAAUGUUUAAACAGACAGCUCGACUUUGGGCACAUGUGUAUGCUGGAGCACCAGUUUCUAGUCCAGAAUACACCAAAAAAAUAGAAAACCUUUGUGCUAUGGGCUUUGAUAGGAAUGCAGUAAUAGUGGCCUUGUCUUCAAAAUCAUGGGAUGUAGAGACUGCAACAGAAUUACUCCUGAGUAACUGAGCCAUGGAGAGAGAGCUGCUUCAAUAGUCCAGCUUGCCCCUUCUGGAGGAUCAUCACCAUCUGUUAUUUUUAGGAUUCUAUAUAGAUUCUCUUUUAAAACUGGCACCCUUGCCUGAUGAUGCUAUCUAGGCACUAUUGGAGACUGAAAAAAAAAAAACAACGCUCUGUAAAUAAAGCUAAUUAAAAGUCUGUGUAAAUUUAAAAA